AUGAUAGUCUGUCGUGGUCAAGGUUAUGACAACGGUAGCAACACGAGCGGUCAAUAUAAAGGAACACAAGCAGAGAUAAUUAAAGAGAACCAAUUGGCAAUUUAUUCUCCAUGUGCUUGUCAUAGCUUAAAUCUGUGCGGUGUCCAUGCCGCAGAGUGCUGUGCAGAGGUUAUAAACUUCUUCGGUGUCGUGCAAAAGACUUAUAACUUGUUCAGCUCUGGCCCGCAAAGAUGGCAAAUUUUAAAAGAAUACAUUGGAUGCUCUUUGCAUAGCAUAUCAGAUACGCGUUGGUCAGCCAGGAUUGAAUGUUUAAAACCUUUUGCAAAACAUAUUUCUGGUUUAAAGAGUGCUAUGCAAGACUUAAAGAAGCUAAAUCUUAGUGUCGAGACUCAAUCAGAUAUCAAACGUAUUGAGAAAUACUUGAGUUCAUUUGAGUACAUUAUACUCGCAAGCACUUGGUUUAAAGUUCUAACAAGCAUCAAUUACAAAAACACAGUUUUGCAAUCCAGAGAUGCAACUUUGGAUGUGGAGGUUUUAAAUUUAAAAAGCUUAAUUGAUGACCUUUUAUUAUUGAGAAACAACUGGGAUUCAAUUUUAAAUGAAUGUAAACUUGUUGCCGAAAAUUUAGGUAUGAUUUCCAAUGACAUAUUCCCGGAGAAAAAACGCACCCGAAAAGUUAGAUUUUCAGAUGAGGAACAGAAUAAUAAAUUAGGCAACACCAGUGCAGAAUUUUGUUUCAAGCGCGAUGUUUUUUAUGUUCUUUUAGAUUCUCUCAUUGACGAGUUAGAACAUUUAAAGGCAAUUCGCGCAUCAAAUCUUGGCAUAAUACAAUUAUCGCCGUUUCAACUAUUAAACACACUCCAUGAGUUGAAGCUUGAUUCUCUUUUCCCAAACAUUUUAGUUGUUCUUAGAAUUUUUUGUACACUUCCAGUUACCGUUGCACAAGCAGAACGCUCUUUCAGCACGCUUGCAAGAGUUAAAAAUGUUUUACGUUCUACGAUGUUUCAAGAUCGACUUUCUAAUUUAAGAAGACUAGCGAUUGAGGCGCCACUUGCAAGGAAACUAGGCUUUGAUGCAGUUAUCGAACUUUUUGCAAGGUCUAUGCCAGAAGAAAAGUGCGUUUCUUUUCGAAACAUAAGGCUUCGCAAGUUUAAAAUAAAUCUUGAAGACAAUAUCAAAGGUAUUACAAAUGAUUGUGCAGGUGUUAUAAAGAAACUUGGAAAAAUAUUAGAAAUUAAUCAACAAUUAUGA